AUGACUAGAGUGAAAAAGUUGGACCGUUUGCUGGAGGACCAUACAAGGGACUUUCUAGAUCUUGCGUGCCUUACACACUUCCCGGACCACUUGCUCUGUGUUUUCUACAUCAUCAGCCUGAGCGAGCAGUGUAAGGCACGCCUGCCAGCGAACGGUCCCAAAGAGGAUUUUGCCGCUUGUGUGGAGUGGGUGCUGAUGAACAACGAGUCAGCUUUCACUGUCGGCCCUGUGGAGGAUGAUAUCACCACCGGCCCCACUCCACCACUGCCAGAGACCAGCCAGCCGUCACCCCGAUCUACGGAGAUAUUGCCUGAGCCCACUGCAGACGGAGAGCCUGAGCCCGCUGCGAUUGAACCACUACCAUCCUCGGACCAAGUGCGUGAGCCGGCAACAUCAUCCGUCGCAGAGGGAGUUUUGGUGGAACUCGAGGGCUUGGAGGGAAGCCCCGCCCACACUCCUACGACUGAGGGUGUGCUGCAACUGAUCUCUGGGAAAUAUGAAGAGGAACUGAGAGAAAUUUUCCAGACAGACCUAAUUGACUGGUGGGGAGAAGUACAAACCUGUGUCCCUGAAUCUCCUGUGUCUCUGCUGGUUCCGUCCAGCCCUGAAUCUUCUGUCCCUGAAUCUCCUGUGUCUCCGCUGGUUCCAUCCAGCCCUGAAUCUUCAAGAGCGCCCUCAAGAGUCUCCGCUGGUUCCGUCCAGCUCAAGUCCUCCUUUGGUCCCUCCCAGCCUCCCUCUCCUGCCUCCUCUCAAGCCAGCCAGUUCUUCGCCUCCAUCUCCGCUGAUGCCUAUCAGUCCCUCAGCUCACCCUCAGUCAGAACCUGCCAUGCGCUCCACUCCGCGGCCUCGGGACUUCCAGUCUUCAGCUCCGCCCAGAGGUGCGGAUCCCCUGUCUCCACUCCCAGCCUCCGAGUCCUUGACUACACCUCGGUCCUCCGACCCAUAGGCUCCUAGCUCCCUCGUCUCCACCGUUUCCCGUCAUCCCACCGGCUCCACCGGGCUCCCUCGUCCCUCCGGCUCCACCUUGGUCAGUCGUUGACCAUCCGUCGCCUCGGGAUUCCACUCCUCUGGCUUUGCCUCGUCACUCCAUCCCUCCGACUCUGUCAGGCUCCUCCUUCCCUCCGGCUCCACCUGCGUCCUCAGUCGCACUGGCUCCACCCGCGGUCUUCCGGAUCCCCACGUCCGCCUCAGUCGCCUGAGCCUUCAGCUUCGCCUUGGCCCUCCGGAUCCUCAGUUCCGCCCCGGCUCUCCAUCUGCUCCGUUCCACCUGGGUCUCCUUCUCCAGCAGUGCAGUCUCUAUCAGUCGGCCCCCUGGUGUCGUCGGCCCAUUCUCCACCAUGGCUCCUCCCACCGUCGACUCCGCCGUGGGCCGCCAUCCUGGCUGGCCUCUGGAAAACCACCUGGCUUCUCCUGCUUCAGGCUCCUCCCUGGUUCCUCCCACCCUCCACUCCCCCUUGGACUGACUUUUGGUUUUGCCCCUUUCCCAUUGCCUGCCCUCCUCUUGCUCCACGCCCACCUCCAGAACCCCCACCCUCCCUCCUCUGUUGGACUGUUCCAACAGACGGGGGGGACGCGCCGUUCUGGGAGGGGGCGUUCUGUCACAUGUAUGACCUAGUUUCUUCUGUUCCCCUAUUGGUUAAUUAGAUCCUCACCUGUUUCUGUUUUCCCCUUAAUUACGUUUAUUAUCUAAAGCCUGUGUUCUCCCUCCAUUCCUUGUCUGCUAUUUCGUUUGCCAUAAGUGUUUUGCUUCUCAAAGCUCCUGGAAUUCUACUGUGGAUUAAAAAUAAAAGACUUUUGUUUUCUCUACUCCUCUUCGUGUGCCUCCUUAGCAGACAUGACGUAACAGCUAUAAUGCAUUGUGACAGACUUUGGCAUUAAUUUUCUCCCAAAUUCUACAGUAAAAUCUCAUGAAACUUGACACAGACAGAGUCUUGGGUGUCCUGAAUAAGAAUUAAUUGGAAAUCUCAUGUUAACUCUGAAGGAAUUAGAAUAAUGCCUGUCUAAAUGUCAAGGAAUGGUCAGUGCUAUAAUGCAUUGUGGCAGACUUUGCCAUUCAUGAUCUCCCAAAUUCUACAGUAAAACCCAGGGAAAGUUGACACAGAGACUUGGUCGUUCAGAAACAUAAUUUAUUGACAUUUUUGUAUUAACUAAUUCGAAUAAUGCAUUUAGAGAAUAGUAGGAAAUAAUCAGUGCUAUAAUGUAUUUUAACAGACUUUAUUUUUAUGGAAAACUCCACAGUAUAAUAUAUUUGAACAUAAUAUAACUAUCUUUUAUUAUUCAUGUUUUGGGGCACAUUUCAUUCAUAACCGCUGAAAUAUAGGUCUUCUUCAGCUGUUUGGCCGCUCCGUGUCUCCGUACCGUAAUACCACAAAUAGACGUGCAGCUGAAUCCAGGUGGCAGCUCACUUGACCGGGUGUUCACAGAUGGCGGCUCACUUGACCGCGGUAGGUAAGCCAGUGAAUGAUUUUACUUCGUAUUUGAAAGUAGACCUCUUUAAAUUAUAUAUUAUGUUUUUAUAUUUAGAAUACUGAGUGCACUUUUCUGUCCAGCCAUACAACUAGCUUGGCUUAGGUUUCGAUAGGGUCAUCCGUAAUUCAUGAUAUUUCCAUAACAGCAAGAUAUGGAUGACGAUGGCAUGCAGUCUGGGCUAAAUUUGGGUUUUUACAAACAUUAUUGGUGCACCCAACCACACAACAACUCUUUGGCAUGUUGUAAGGUUAGUCCACUUCCUUGAUCCGAUACUGUAUGGCGGUUUGUUUUCCCCUAAAAUUGGGCGUCAAUCUGUUCAGAGACAUUCUAUGACGUUGCGCCGGUUGUGAGUAUUUGCUAGCAGACAUUUCAGAUAAUUAAGGAAAGAUGCCAUAAUCACAGAGGUAUAAAUAUUAACAACAGUACUUAAAGUAGACUGUGUUACUUAACUAAUUUGACGCAGCUGUUAUACUGUUUUUUUGGUAUAACUGACGAGAAAUGUCAGACGCGUCCUCUCCUCUCCAGCAGCUGAUGUGUCCACGGUUGCCUGUUUCACACCGCAUGCAUAAGCAGAGCAGAGGCAGCGCAGAAGUAUGAAGGUUUUAAAGGGUUAAAGAGCUCAGUCAAGUCACAAUUGGUCAUCAUCAACCGAGUCACGUCUCAACUGACCUCCCAGAAUCUUGCCCCGUCACAGCUGUCCGUCCAGAGUCACAGUACGUCACAGCUGUCCGUCCAGAGUCACAGCACGUCACAGCUGUCCGUCCAGAGUCACAGCACGUCACAGCUGUCCGUCCAGAGUCACGUCACGUCUCCGCUGACCUUCCAGAGUCAUGUCACGUCUGGGCUGACACACCCAGAUCAUCAAGGUCCCAGGCUCUGCUGUAGGUUCCUGAUCCGCCCUGGUGGGCUCCUGCUCUAUCUGUGCCGCCGUGGUGGUCUGCUGUCUGGAUCUGGUGGUCUUCGGCUCCGACCUGGUGGGCUCCAGUCCCGUCGGCUCCGCCCUGGUGGGUUCCAGUCCCGUCUGCUCUGCCUGCUCCGCCCUGGUGGGCUCCAGUCCCGUCGGCUCCGCCCUGGUGGGCUCCAGUCCCGUCGGCUCCGCCUGCUCCGCCCUGGUGGGCUCAAGUCCCGCCGGCUCCGCCCAGGUUUCCUGCUGUGCCGGCUCUACCUCGAUCCCAGACCACUCCGCUUCCACAUGGACCUGGCCCUCCAUCCCUCCCCCUGUUCCGCCUCUGCUCCACCUCCCUCCUGGAUUAUAGACUGUGUGGAGCGUCUGGAAGCCGCUCUUUGGGGGGGGGGCUCUGUCACGAAUCCAGUCUGUGCACUUCCGUUCAUUCACCACCAGAGGUCACUCACUCACCACAUUGACUUUCACACCACACAUCACAAUGGACUACGUUUCCCAUCAGCCAUCUCACCCAUCACACGCUCACCUGAUCACACGCACACAGCUGUAACCAAUCACACACUCUAUUUAAACCCUGUACUUUCUCUCCCUCGUCGCCGAGUAUUGUAUGCAUUAUCGCUGCCCUACAGAGCCCCGUUAGUUUUCCUUGCCUUGCCUUGCCUAGCCUUGUCUUUGUCGGAUUGUGUUUUCCCCUGCCUGGACUAUCGCUCACGUUGUUGGAUUACCUCUCCUGUCUCCCCCCUUUGGAUUCUGUUCGCCGAUCGUUGACCCACGCUUGUCUUUGUUUACUCUUUGUCUCGCCCAUGUUAUACCUGUUUGCCACUGAUUGACCCUGCCUGUUAUGACCACGUCUCUGCUAAAUAAAAGUCUGCAUAUGGAUCCGCACGCCUCUCGUCUCAUCAGCCGCGUAACACUCCCUCUGUUGUACUCGCUCAACAACAGAGAAAAAUUAAACACCUGAUCUCCCUCUCUCCUUUCAGGAAUAAAAACAAUCAGUUAUUACUUUUCUUUAACAAUAAUUCGGUUUCAUAAUUUGAAUCACAUCAUCGACAACUUGGAUGAUGUCCAAAUAGCCAACAAAGCCAAUUUUUUGGAGUAUUUAUUUUUUUUUGUUCUCUCAAUUCUUACAAUUUUGUUAACAUACUCCAUUCAAUAUAUUGUCUUUAUUUUUAACACUUUCACAAUUAUUUAUACUGACUUUUCAUUCUAGUUCUAUCAAAAAAAAACAUAUUAUACACUUUCAGUAAACACAACGCAACACAGCCUGCACGGUUAGUGAUACAUCCAAACAUUCAUUCAAGGAUCCAAUGCAUCAACACUCACACACAUAAAUAACUCUCUCAACCUAUAAUGGACAGACAAAGACUUAACAGUUUAACUCUUUCUAGUCUGCAGACACCCAUCCGAGCAGCCUUUCUGUCAUGGGAGUCCACCAGGGCCAUACUUAACCAACAAGCCGCUCCCUGAUCAUAAAGACGCACUAACCAAUGAUCAAGAGGCUCUCCCAAUUUUUGUUUCAUUCGCUCUCUGAUGUCUGAAAUUUCAUGAUGAGUAUAAUCUUCCAUUACAUCUUGUCUGUUAUUACCCAAUGCUCCCUGCAAUAAUCUCCUUCUCUGAAUUGGUUUUACCUGAACAGAGGGGGGAUCUAUUUCAUAUCCCUCAUCUGGACCGACAUCUUCGUCCGGUCCAGUAUCAUAAUCAUCAGAAUCCCAAAUAUUCCCAUCCUAAGUGGAUGGGUCCCACCCUUCUGCAUUUGCGGUAGCUACAAACGCCUGUACUUUACGUACAUUUGGUUUUCGCUUCUUUUUACCAUUAACUUUGGCUACCUGCAGAGCAGCUUUUUCUGCCAUGCCAGUCAUCUGAUUAAGACGCUGGCGCAACAUUUCAGCUUGACCUUGCACUAUUGAGGCAUGCCCUAAGGCUUCCGACAUUUCUUUCAUCAUCUUUUCAUUCUCUCUACCUUUCUGAUCUGCACGCUCAUGCUGCUUUCUGUAAGCAGUUAACACGAUCCAUAAGCGACUCUGUAAGCCCUUCAAAGGAUCCUUUUCCGAGACAGCAACCUUUUUCAAGCAUGAUUCUACUUGAUGCGGGUCUGCGU